CCGCCCCGCCGCGGCGGCCGGGCCCGGCGCAGCUUCCGGGGGAACCGGCGUUCCGGGCGGGCGGCGGCGCCAUGAAGGUGACGCGGCAGAAGCAUGCCAAGAAGAUCAUGGGCUUCUAUAAGCACAACUUCCACUUCCGCGAGCCCUUCCAGGUGCUGCUGGACGGCACCUUCUGCCAGGCCGCGCUGCGCAACAAGAUCCAGAUCCGCGAGCAGCUGCCCGGGUACCUGGGCGGCGCCGUGCAGUUCUGCACCACCCGAUGUGUUCUAAAAGAGCUGGAAUCAUUGGGGAAAGCAUUGUAUGGAGCAAAAUUAAUUGCCCAAAGAUUCGAAGUUCGAAACUGUUCCCACCACAAGGAUCCUGUGAGUGGUUCGGUCUGUUUACUGUCCAUGAUUGAAGACGGCAACCCUCAUCACUUCUUCAUUGCUACACAGGACCAGGAUUUAGCAAACAAAGUGAAAAAGAAGGCUGGCAUUCCUCUCCUAUUUAUUAUUCAGAACACUAUGGUGCUAGACAAACCUUCUCCUAAAUCUCUGGCGUUUGUUCAAAAGUUGCAGAUGAAUCAGCUUGUUCCAGAGCACCAAAAACAAAGUAUUGUUGAGCUUAAAGAAAAAGAAGGACUAGUGAAGCAAGAAGGUGAAAAGAGAAGAAAACGUAAAAGGGCAGGUGGCCCCAAUCCUCUCAGCUGUCUGAAGAAGAAAAAGAAGAAAACACAGGAGGGUCAGGAGCCUUCUGCUGAAAAGAAGAAGAGAAGAAAAAGAAAGCGAAUUAGGGUUAAAGCAGAAGCUGUGCAGUCAGUGCAGAAUGAAGAAGAAUAAACCCAUCUUUGUAAACAGUGCAGGACUCGAACAUUGUUUGAACUUUGCAAAAAGAAAGAUUAAUAGGCAGUCAUGUGAAAUCAAGUUGUUAAUAUUAAAACUUAUUUUUAUGA